AUCUUAUGUCACUGUCCCCGACUGUCGCUCGGAUAGGGCAUGCGAUCGCGGACCCUCUGCUUCUCCAGCCCUUGCACCGCCGCAAAUAGAGCGGGCCCUCAUUCGUCACCGCCGCCGCUCAUCGUCCAAAUGCGGCAAUGCCCACCUGUAGCCAGGCCACGGCUGCGUGCUGACUUUUCCCAACCCUGCCACGACGACGGUGCUGCGGGUACGAGGCUCUGGAUUCAGGCCCGUCCGCUCUUCUCAGCACCCUCGCCGGCUCCACUGCUGUGAGUUGUCCUGGCGUCCCAUAAGAACCCGAUCUCGUCCCGUCUCGUUCGACUCUUUCUUUUCCUCCA